UAUGGGCUGUUAAAAUUAACAUUUUCACUUAGUUAUAAUUCUAACAAAAUUUUAAAAAUAGAACAUUAUGAAGGUAUUAGUUGUCGGCAUUUUUACGAUUCUUUGUAUUGGGUUUGGUUGCACGAAGUUGACACUUGGAAACACGAAGAUUCAACUACAAGAGACAUUUAACCUUUCGCCUAGGAAGUUGACCCGCGCCGUGCAAUAUCUCGAGACGUAUGGAUAUUUGAAGAGAGCCAAAGUAUAUUAUCCAUAUAGAAGAAGCAACAUUAAAAACGCAGUAUCUAAAUUCCAAAAAUUUUCACAUCUAAAUGUCUCUGGUCAUUUGGACAAGAUGACCUUAGAUAAAAUGGACAAGCCAAGAUGUGGGGUAGCGGACAGUUCUCCUCCAGGUGGUAAUAUCAAGGUCAAGUUUGUGGGAAAGGAUUCCACAGAUGCCAAAAGUUCGGGAAACAGACACAAGAGAAAUGUUUUUCCAGGAAAUUGGAAGACGAACAAAAUAAAAUACAGAUUCAAGAGUUACACAAAUCAGUUAUCCAUUCCUGAUCAACGAAGAGAAAUUGAAAAAGCUUUCAAAGUUUGGACUGAUGGUACACCGUUAUCAUUUCAAGAAGUAACAAAUAACAAUGAAGACAUUGAAAUAUCAUUUUCCACCGGAUUUCAUGGAGACGGAUAUCCGUUUGAUGGCAGAGGACUCACUCUAGCACACGCGUUCUUUCCAGGUGAAGAUAAAAGAGGAGGCGACGUACAUUUUGAUGGUGAUGAGUUGUGGACAACAAGAGUGGGAAUAGAUAUAGGUACAAAUCUUCAUGCCGUCGCAACACAUGAAUUCGGGCACGCUUUAGGUUUGGGUCAUAGUUCAGAUCCGGAUUCUGUUAUGCUACCGUUCUAUGAAGCUUCAUCACAAAAACUUGUUCUUGGAAGAAAUGACAGAGCAACGAUUAGAAGGAUAUAUGGCAAUCCCGAAUCAAUAGUAGCAAAAAGCAUGGAUGAAGAUUAUCAUUUACGAGAUUCUGGCAUUGUUUUGGAGAAUCAAGGACUGGUAGGAGGAGAACGAAAACUAAGAACUGGACCUUUAUGCGAUUAUACAUUCGAUGCGGUGGCAAAUAUCAGAAACGAAUUGUUUUUCAUCAAAAACACGACAUUUUGGAGAAUAGACAAACAAGGAAAGUUAAUUGAUGAAAAAGGAAUGUCAAUGUCAAGUUUUUGGACAGAAUUUCCUGAUGUUCAAGUCGAUGCAGCUUUCACGAGACCUUCAGAUCAAUACAUUGUUUUUAUAUCUGGUAAACAGUACUGGGUUUAUGUUGAUAAUAGUAGAUUGGAAUCUGGAUCUCCUCGUUCAAUUUGUGAUUUUGGAAUUUGUGGCGUAGACAAAAUCGAUGCUGCUGUGGUCUGGGGAGCAAAUAAACAAAUUUAUAUAUUUAGAGGAAAGGAGUUUUGGAAAUUAGACGACAAUCUCAAAGCGGAAAUUGGUUAUCCUAGAAACAUUAGCGAUUUGAAGGGAGUACCGUACAAUCUGGACGGAGCUGUAGAAGACCCAGAUGGUUAUACCUAUUUUAUCAAGGGACAAAGUGCGUGGAGGUUGGAGGACAACAAAUUAUCAGUUAGUUCCGGAUAUCCGAAAUACAUCGGAGUCCGUUGGUUUAGCUGUGAUGAAGCUGGUUAUGUAACUAAGACUACAGCAACUCCCCUAAACGGCAAUCAAGAAAACGGGAAUGGAGAUGGUGGAAAUGGAUCAUUUAGUAAAUUUUUCCUGAUUCCUAAGUCAUCAAUUUUGAUUGUGACGCUUUCCUUUAUUUUUGUGGCAUCACAAUGCUAACAUUGAGGUCCUUUAGUGGGAUAUGACUAUAUUUAUCACGUAGUUCAAAACAGAGGGUGAACAUCAUCAAGAAGCGAAGACGAUGACAGCAACAGAGAAAACUUUAUAUAUAUGAAAAAUAAACUAUUUUUAUUGAAGAUUUGUUUAAAAUACAUUCCCGUUCAAAA